AUGUCCCCGAUUUGGGGUUCACCACGAAAUGACGAAGCGGAGAGGGCGGAAGAAGCUCCUAGAGACGAGAGAGAAGGCAGCCAGCGGGGCCCAAAGACUCGAGAUAAUCGGGAUCAGGAAAGGGAACCUGAUGAACGGACGCGCCUGUUGCCUCAAGGAGGUGCAUAUUUGAGUCCAGAUGAUCCGGCUGUCUCCCCCUAUAAUCUGUGGGGUGUUCGCGCUCUCCGGUCGUUAACUAUUCUAUUCCUUUUGAUAACCCUUGUCUGGUGGGUGCUAUUACUGGUUUCUAUCUUUGUUAGCCCCCCGAUGAUGAAUAGCCGUGGUUCUGGCUUCACCGAUUUCUCCUACACGACAUUGACCCUCAGCAAUCUUCUUAUUGCAUUGAUUUUCUUUUCCGUUCCUUCACUGCCAAUGACAAUAUGGGGCGCGUCGAUGUCAGUGUUCCUGGCAGUAAAUUUGUUCAUCAUCCUCGGAGUCCCACGCCUCCGGGUUGAAGAGGGAUGGAUUGGCAUUGCGUCUGUAGCAUGGGCGACACUUAUAUCCCUUUAUCUGGUUGCUCAGACGCGAUCUGUUGCUUGGGGUAAGCGCGAGGAAGAAGAGCGGCUGACUGGACGAGAAGAAACCCGCAGACCGCUUCGGGAAUGGGUGGCUGUGCUCGUUCAAACGAUCAUCAUGGCCAUCACCGUCCUUAUUGCUAUUUUGCUCAUGGCGACGUUAAUUCUUCGCGCAAGAGAUGCUAGCCUGCCUCCGCCAGGAAAGAAAUACUAUGUCGACAACGACAAGUAUCAAGUCCAUCUCGCGUGUGUAGGCGAGACCCAUUCCGACAGGUCUAGCUCAAGGAACCGUACGACUCCAACCGUCCUCGUCGAAGGCGGUGGGGACCCUGUUGAGUACAGCUUUCUAAAGUGGGUUGAUGCCGCUUACGACCAUGGGUCUAUCUCGCGGUAUUGCUACUGGGAUCGUCCAGGGAUCGCAUGGUCCGAGAACAGUCCCUCUCCUCAUUCUGCGGGGAUGUCAGCCGAUGCCCUCUCUGAAGCCCUUGCUCUUGCGGACGAGGAAGGGCCCUGGGUUCUGGUUUCCACCGGAGUUGGCGGCAUAUAUAGUCGUAUAUUUGCUAGUCGUCAUACCCGCGAUAUCGAUGGGAUCAUGCUCGUGGAGGCCAUGCAUGAAGAUUUCCUUGGGGAACUGGGAAAGCCUGGUAGGGGAUUCAAGCUCUGGUUACGAGGAAUCCUCUCUCCGCUAGGCCUGGAUCGAUUAGCAGGAGCUAUAUUCAAGGGCCGUACGCGAGAAGACCGAAUAUGUGGAAGCCGAUCAUACCAGGGCGGGAAAUUCAUCAAAGCAAAAUUGCAAGAAAGUUUAGUCGCACAGUCAAUGACAAAGAGCGAAAUAUCGAGUGCGAGAAACAUUCAGUCACCCUCUACUCCGCUGGUAGUUGUCAGCUCGGGGAGAGAGAUGAGAAGAAGUAGGGAGUGGGAGGAAAAACAGGAAGACUUGACCAAAAUCACCCGGAAGCUUAUUGCGUGGGAUAUCGUGAAACGUGCACCCCAUGAAGUCUGGGAAACCGUUGAGGGACAAAAGACAUUGGAGAAAAGACUGAAGGAGUUGGUUCGGGGUGAAGAUGAAGAUUGA